AUGGGGAACGAGUCGCCCACCCCACACCAGCUCUUUACAGAAGCCAUGGUCUUCUGGGCGAUAGGACUUGUUAUUUAUGUGGGGAGAAUCCUGGCUCGUGUAAUUGGCAAUGGACAUGGAGCCAAACGGUUGUUUCUGGACGACUAUGUGAUGACGGCAACCUUCGCCAUAUAUACCACAAUGCUAGUACUGAUACAAAUAUCUGCCCGCUACGCAACGAACCUCAUGGACCCGAAAGACUACGACAAGGUGCUAGCAGACCCAAAGCAAGUCAGCGAUCGGGUCUAUGGAAGCAAAAUUGUCAUUGGGCUGGAGCAAUGCAUGCUGGUCUCAACCUGGGGCGUCAAAACAUGCAUGUUGAUGCUUUAUUGGCGAAUCACGCAGAAUCUGAAAUCGAACCUCUAUAUCAAGAUCCUUUCCGUUUACGUUGCCGUCGGAUUCGUCGUCAUAAUGGUCACCUAUUAUGCAGUCUACUGUCGACCGUUCUCGCAAUACUGGGCCAUGCCCGUGGAUAACAUGCAGUGCGCGACAUACCAACACUACUCAAUAACCCAAGCCGUCUUCAAUAUUUCGUCUGAUGCCGCCAUGUUCGCCGUCCCAAUUCCCCUCCUUAUCAAAGCCCAACUCAAAAUGCGUCGAAAGGUCGUCCUUAUCGGUGUCAUGAGUCUGGGCUUGUUCACUAUCAUUGCGGCUAUCCUAAACAAAUAUUUCAACUUCGCCUCCCCGCUCACAACCACCUACCAAAUCUGGUACAUCCGUGAAGCCAGCACAGCAAUCUAUGUCGCCAACCUCAUGUGUUGGUGGCCACUCCUGCGCAAGUUGUUUGGCGUUAAGGCAUUCCAAUACAACAGCAACCGAGGCCAGCAACCUGGAAACUCUGACAACCAGAGCAACGACUACUCCAACAAAUCGCAAUCCCGUCCUUCAUUCACAUUCCCUCGCUUGUGGAAGCGCCCAGGAAACAGAAACACAACGCCUGGGAAGUACAGAGGAGCCAAGCGCUCGAGUACUGAGCCCAUCAACAGGUCCAAUACAGAGUUCAUCAACGAUAUGCGUCGUGUCGAAGCUGUCCCCCUUGAGGUCUGGACCAAAAAGGAGGAUAUUGGAACUGAGACUUCCAUAACCCAAGAGUCACCAAACUCUUUUGAGGAAGAACGUGAUGUUCAAUUGGACCAAAGGCAGCAUGCACGCCUGCCUUGUUGA